AUUUAACAUUACUGAAAAUAAAUCAGUCCCGUUGGUGAAUAUCGAUUCAGAGUAAUCUUUUGAAUAAAAAAAUAAAACGAGACUGCCCCGAUCAUCAACUACAUUGUCCAGGGUGCCUUGCGCAGAGCAGGUCGAGAAUAAUUGAGGUCGGGAGUUGAGAGGUCGUCUGGACCGCCCCGUUUGUACUGGAGCUUCGCAGCUGGCGUGGGCAGUGCUGUGGGAGAACAGAGCGUGUGCUUCCUCCUCUCCACAUUGCAGUGCCCUCAUGGCUGGACGGCUGCUGAAGGUCUCCUCGCUGGCCACGGCCCUGUUGGCCUCUUCGGGGUUCUGCUGGUAUCACAGGCCUGUGGAUCUCAAUGACAUCAGCUUCAUCCGGUUCGGAAGAGCUGCGGUCACGACCGCAGUUAUCAGUUACGACUACUUCACAUCUCUCCGAAGAUUUGAAUAUGGGACUGAGGAAUACAGCGCUGCCAAGUCAGAGGUUCACCUCCGCUCUGCAGAACGCCUCAGGGAGCUGUGCUGUGCCAACAGGGGGACCUUCAUCAAAGUGGGGCAGCACCUGGGGGCUCUGGAGUACCUGUUGCCCGAGGAGUACACCCGCACGCUGAAGGUGCUCCACAGCAGGGCGCCCCAGAGCUCUCUCCAGGAGGUCUUGCGCGUCGUAAAGGAAGACCUGGGCGAAGAGGUGGCGCAGUUGUUCGUGAGCUUCGAAGAAGCGCCUCGAGGGGCAGCUUCCUUAGCGCAGGUGCACAGGGCCAGGCUGCGCGAUGGCAGAGCAGUGGCUGUCAAAGUGCAGCACCCCAAAGUGCAGAGGCAGAGCUCCAAGGACAUUGCAGUCAUGGAGUUCCUUGUGCACGCUGUGACCUGGCUGUUCCCUGACUUUGACUUCAUGUGGUUGGUGGAGGAGGCCAGGAGGAACCUUCCCUUGGAGCUGGACUUCUUGAACGAAGGCAGGAAUGCUGAGAAAGUGGCAGAGAUGCUCAAACACUUCAAAUUCCUCAAGGUGCCAAAGAUUCACUGGGACCUCUCAACCACACGUGUUCUGACCAUGGAGUUUAUGGAUGGCGGGCAGGUGAAUGACAGAGAGUAUAUGAAGGAGCAUGACAUCGAUGUCAAUGAGAUUUCCCAGAACCUGGGAAAGAUGUACAGCGAGAUGAUUUUUGUAAAUGGGUUUAUACAUUGUGACCCCCACCCAGGCAAUGUGCUGGUCAGGAAGUGCCCGAAAACCAGUGAGACUGAAAUUAUAUUACUCGAUCAUGGGCUGUAUCAGGUGCUGGACCAGCAGUUCCGCCUGGACUACUGCCGCCUUUGGCAGGCGCUGAUGAAGGCAGACAUGAGAGGCACAGAAAAGUACAGCCGCCGCCUGGGAGCCGGCGACCUGUAUCCCCUCUUUGCCUGUGUCCUGACUGCCCGGUCCUGGGAUUCGGUCAACACUGGAAUCAGUCACACUCCUGUCACGCAUGCAGAGGAUGUGGAGAUCCGAACGAACGCUGCCCUGUAUCUACCUCAGAUCAGCGAGCUCUUAAACAAGGUGCCUCGCCAGAUGCUCCUGCUUUUAAAGACAAAUGACCUUCUGCGAGGCAUCGAGACAACCCUCCAGACCCGAGCCAGCGCCAGCUCCUUCAUCAGCAUGUCCCGGUGCUGCGUCCGGGCGCUGGCCAGGCAUAAAAAGAAUAAAUGUGUGUCCACAUACAGAAGAAUGAAAAUUACCUUCUCGGAAACAUUCACCCUCUGGCAAAUCGAUGUAUAUGAACUCUUUCUGAGGAUUAGGGGUUCAACACUAGGAAAAUGGAUCGUUAGCUUGAUGUGCCUGUUUCACUAUGUGCAUUGAGUCAGACUGGUACUGUAGUGUAUGUUUUUCUGUUCCAGGAAACAGUCCUCCAUUCUAACUGCUCUCACAGACUGUUUUAAUACUUUACCUCACUAUUUGUACUUUCCAAAACACAGAAUUUGAACUGUGGCUUUCCCUCAUCAUGUACUGAAAUGCACUGUCUGAAUAAAUAUUUUUUCCUAUGCAGAUCUGCAGUAUUUGUUAUGAUAAUGACACUGGUCAUUUAAUAGUUUUCAGUACUGUUUUUCUGAAGUGUUAUGACUAUGUAACUGCAUUAUUAAGUAACAUUUAGCAAUUAUAAUAAAAACCUUUGCUUA